CUUACACCUGCGCCGGCGCAGCCUCCACUCAGUUUAGCUUCCAAAGGCUGAGCCGCACGCGCUUCCUCCGCGGCCGACGAAACACAAAAUCCGCGCGAAAUAAAUAUCGAACAUAACCUAACAUAUUAAAACGAAUUAUUUAAUCAAAGUAUUUAUUAUAUAAUCUAUAACCUUCUCCAAUAGUGUUGUUAUUUUAUUUUUUGUUUAUUUAUUUUUACAAAUCAUUUAUUUAAAAUGAAUUUCUUUUUUGGUAAAAACAUUCCCAGUGUUCUGUUGAUGUCUCUGGUUAUUCUGGCGAAUGCUCAAAGAAGAGAUGUUGACAUGAAUGAAUUGGAGAGACAGAACAAGAUCACCCAGCAGAUACUGGAAGCGUUUAUUCAGAAGAAGUUGGGGCUUCGGAGUACCGUGCCGAAGGCGCCGUCGAUCCUAGACAUACUCCCAGUGAAGAUGCCAACUCUACCAAUGACGCAACAGCCAGAGAUGACUCAGGAAAUGGAAGAAGAGAACCAGGAUACCAUUGACAGCCAAGAGCUGACAGAAGAGCAGGAGAUAAGAGAAGAUGACAGCCUACAGAGUGUGGAGAGUGAACAAAUCGAUUCGAUAUACAACACAGAUUCAGAAUGUUCAAGCUGUAACGAUGACGACCUUGGCGUGACGCGGUGGACAAUGCCUCUACUCAAAUCUGGAGAGAAGAAAUAUUACCUCGGAAUCUUCUUUAAGGCAAACUGGUUCAAAGCCCAGCAGUACUGCAGGUUCCACGGCAUGCAUCUGGCUUCAAUCUCCUCGCAGCAAGAGAAUGAUAAACUGGAACAAUACGUUAAGGAUUCAGGUUUUGGCCGCGAACACUUCUGGACAUCAGGCACUGAUUUGGCUGAAGAAGGCAGUUUCUUCUGGAUGGCGAACGGCAGACCACUGACCUUCGUGAACUGGAAUGCUGGAGAACCUAACAACUUCCGCUACGAGAAUGGAGAAGAAGAGAACUGCUUGGAACUGUGGAACAGAGAUGACAAGGGUCUGAAAUGGAACGACUCUCCUUGCUCCUUCGAAACUUUCUUCAUCUGCGAAGUGAGGUCUGAUUGAUGGCCCCCUCCGCUAGAUGUCAUUAGUUGUUGUGUGAUUGUACAGUAGUGUGCUAGAUGUCGCCAUUUGUUACAUAACUACCUGCAGCCGUGCCUGUGAAGACACUUUUCGAAACUAUCGCGAUAGUUUCUUGAAAACUGCACCCUGACCAAGUAUAAACUGCGGGAAUUAAUACCCCAUUUUAAUGAGAAUCAACUGAUCUCUUUUCUUAUAUUGUAACUUGCCUUUUCAUAACACUGAGGAUAAUAAUAAAAUGUUUUUCAAACCAAAUUUAACGUAAUGUAAUUAACGUUGUUGUGUAUGUUCGUAUGUUGAAUGAAAUAACUAAUCAACUUGUUAAUUCUCCAUUUUUCUUAAACUUACAUGUUGUGUUCAAGACGAUUGGUAACUUUACGAAGAAUUUUUAUGUCGAAAAUUAAUUCGAAUUUAGCGAAAACCGUUCGGUCAGUAUAGAUAGGUAACGUAAUAUUUAAAUAUUUGAUUAUUUAUUUGUUUUUUUUUUAUUCACGACUUCGUUUGGGACGUAUUCGGUAAGGGUUUUAAAGAAAUGCAAUAGACCUGGAUAUUAUGUAACUUUUUCUUAUAUUUGAUGUAAACGAUCACUGCCUAAUGAUCUUGUAAUAAACCUCCGAGCUCGUGCUCAACGGGACACGUGUUGUCCAUAGUCAAACAUAGUGGGUAAAUAAAAUAUAGUUACCGUAGGUGUAAAUGUAUAAAAUAGUCUUUAAGUACAGACAAUAAAACUCAUAAGUGUA